AUAAGCUAUACCUAUAAAUUCCAGCAACGGAAUUGAGAGGUAUCAGUAACUACCCUAAAGUGAUCAAAAUGAAGGCUUCCAUUGGGCUCUUUGUGUUUCUUUGUGUUCAGGUGUUUUCCACCGAGGUACCAGAGUUUGUGAAAGAUCAGGAUCUUAUCGAUUGCUUCCAUAAGCUCAAAUUCGAUAAGUCGGUGUGGAAAAUGUUCGAUGAACAUUAUAUCAUAAAAAAUCCCGACGAGGACGGUAUCAAGCUGCUUGACUGCGCAUUGCACGUCCACGGAAGAAACUUUUUCGAUGAAGAUGAAAAGUUGAUUAAGACGCACGCUUUGAAGAGAAUCAAGGAGAAGAUUGAAGAAAAGGGCAAGGAAUCUAAGGACGAUGUGUUUGAAGCGAUUCAUGAAGCCUGCAAGCAUACUCACGGUGAUACGGUUGUCUUAAAAAGUGUAAAUUUCCACAAUUGCAUAACGGAAGAAAUUAUGAAACUGUAGAACAGUUUUGUAGACUUUAUUAAAAACAUUCGCUAUUUUCCAUAAA